GCAAACAGUAUGUCCGGCAACACAUUUAGACCUUGUAACAGAUCGAAUUGAAAUAAUAUAACUUAAGAUGUCCUGGUUCAAAGGUUAAUUCAGCAGCUACACCUUGAAACGCCGUAGAGAUGGAGGUUCCUGAAGAUUUCAAUUUUAGUGACCUUGGGGACAGCCCUGAACUUAAGAGGAGGAGAAAAUAUGCAGAAUUUCAGAAGCCAACUGAUGCACUGACAGAACACCUGCCUGCACCGGUCUCUAUUAAAAUUUCUCAUGGCUUCGAAAUGAUCAUGCCAAAAUUCCAAGAAAUUCCACACAGCCUGUCUUGGAGGAAAGGGCCCAUCACACAAACAUCAGGUGCAGAUGUUAAAUCCAAAGACUCUUCUAAACCAAAAUAUAUGAAGAGAUCAAGAAAAAUAAAAGACAAGAUAAAGAAAAAUAAAAGAAAAAAACAAGACUCUGUUGUGCAGGAUAUCGUACAUCAGUAUAAGUUGUCAGUCAAAAAGAAGUAUGAGAGCGUCUUGAGCUUCCUAUGUGGUGAACAAGAGUCAUUUUCUGCCCUGUAUACUGAACCAGUGAUCGUGCAAAAAAAUUCAAAUGGCAGUUUUAAGAAGAUUUGUGUGCUAGACUUGUUUAUGUUGUUUGAUCCGAUAACCGUCGUCCUGCGAGGCAACUCUGGCAGUGGUAAAUCCAUCAUGGCACAGAAGAUCAUACUGGACUGGGCAUCUGAAGAAGCGCCUGCUAAACGUUUUGGUUUAGUUUUCUAUCUCAGGUGCGAAGAACUGAUGUGUAUUUCUGAAGAGAUGAACUUCAUUGAGCUCUUGAGCUGCAGUUGUAGCUUAACAACAGUUGAGAUCUCACAUGUUUUACAGCAGCCACCAGAGGAAAACGAUGUCCUUUUCAUCAUUGAUGGAUUUGAUGAGCUUAAACUCACACAUGACAUUUAUCACCAUAUGUCACCAUGUGCUGAUCCUCUUCAGAAAGCCCCACCUGAGGUCAUUAUUUGUGCCCUGCUGAGGGGUGGAAUCCUGCCGGAGUCUUUCCUGUUGGUCACCACCAGAACUGAGGACACGGUGAAGAAGCUGCUGAAACGACAAUCAUAUUUUACCGAGAUGAUGGGAUUUUAUGAGAAGGAAGUGGAGAUGUACUUCCAGAAGGCCUCUCUAAUCAAAGCAUAUUGUUCUCUGAUAGCAAAUGAAAACCUCUUCACAGCCUGCUCCAUUCCUGUUAUAUGCCGGAUCCUCAUUGAGAAGGUCAAAUUUGGUACAGUAACAAGCAGGCUGGAAAUGACCACUGACAUCUACAUUGACUUUGUGUGCACUCUUCUGGAGCAUCACUGCCAGGGUUUGAGUCAGUCCGUGCCAACCCUGCUGAUGAGCCUGGGUCAUCUGGCAGAGAGAGGGAUGCUGGAACAGCAAGUCCUGUUUGAUGAGAAAACUUUUUAUAAAACCGUUUCAGACGCUGCUGGCAGUCCUUUCCUUCGCAAGUUCCUCUUUAAGAGAAGAAUCCAUAAGGAGACCAUGUUCAGUUUCAUGCAGCUUAGCUUCCAGGAGUUCUUCACCGCUCUGUACUACGUCCUUCUGGAUGAAGAAGAGUCCAAGAAGAAAGUGCGAGAGCUGCUUCACGCUGUAGAAAGAGGAUGGGCUUUCACUUCUUGGACUGACAGAGAUCUUUCAGUUGCAGAUUCAGAAAUAAGCACUUCGAAGUGGUUGCAGCCUGUGAUUCCAUUCCUCUGUGGUCUCUGUAAGAAAGAUUGGAACAGCACGGUUUUGGAAAAGCACAACAUGGCAGUCUCUACCAGCAGAGAAACCCAGCUCAAGGAAUGGAUCAGUCAGUUCUCACACAGAUAUCAAAACGAACACAUGCUGCUCAUCCUCCAUUGUCUCUAUGAGCUUCAUGACAAGAGCUUUGUCUGGACAAUUUUGAAAGGUUUGAUUUUGAUAGAUCUGUCUAAAAUACCACUGAAAAUGACAGACUGUUGGGUGUUGAAGUACUGUUUACAGUGCUGUGAACACAUCCGAAACCUUAAACUCCAAGUAACGUCUGAUAAUCUGAAGAUGCUGCAGCCUGAACUGUACCGCUGCGAAGAGCUGUGGUUAAUGAUGGAUCACAUUUCAGACGAUGAUGUUGGUUUGAUCUCAGCUGCUGGAAAAGGAAAGAAUACACUGAUUCUAAAGUUUCUUGAAAACAGUGGAAGUCCAUUCUGUCCGGAGAGUGUGUCAGUCAGAGAUGGAGACAUCACGUUGUCUGUUUGCUCAUUAAUGCUUGCAGAAGCAUCAUUAAAUACAGAAUUAACUCUAACAUGUCCACACUCAUUGAUGUCCACCAUUAAGUGGGUGAAAUCGCAGAAUGUGCGGGCAUUGUACAAGUUCAAAUAUUUUGAUCUUCGGGAAGAGGAAGUUCGUCUGUUUACGCACCUGCGAUCUGUGUCUGACCUAAAGAAAGUCUGUCUGCAGGUUUCAAAUUUGACAGAAAAUUUGGCCUCCCAUAUCCUGUUCCUCAUUCAGAGCUGCCCCAGUCUGACUGUACUCAGUAUAAAUAUCAGACAUGAAUUGGAAGAAAAGGAAAUCCAGUCCCUAAGGGAGUCAUUGACGCAGAUGGGUUGGAUUAUCACUGUCUGGUGGAAAUCCGUGUUUAUUCAGCCAGAUGUAGAGAGAUUCACAAAGCAGAUAAAAAGAGAAAAGUGUGACAGCAAAAUAGGAGAGAGUUCUCAUUCUGUGUCCUAUCCAUCAUUAAAACCUGAAUCAUCUUCAGCACAAUCAUGCUCAGAUGAUGCAGAAGUGUUCUCACCUGAAAUCAUUCAUAGAGAUGAUGACAAACCCAAAAAUACGUACAGGUUUUUGUGUCAAAAUGCUGGUCAGUUUCAUUGCAGUUUGACCAACCUUGUGUUUGUGAUGGAGGGUGAAGGAAAAAUGCUGUAUAACAUUGUCUCAUGGGAUCCCCAUAUGUUAGUUGGUUUGGGUCAGAUGCAGCCUGCAGGACCCUUAUACAACAUUGAGUGUACGGGUUCAGUCUCACAACUGCACCUUCCACACUGUGAGAUAUUCUCUGAGGAAAACAAGGGUGGUUUGGCUGUGGCACAUUUCACUGAGGGUAAUCUAGAAAUGAUACAGCCAGUAAAGGUGACUGGCACUCAUGUGAUCAUUGACAUCAAAGAACUCUCUGUCUAUGGACUUAUAAAGAAGAUAGAGUCAUUUUUUUGUUCCCCCAUUGCUGCCCAAGUGUUGCUGUUUCUUCGACCUGUAACUGCCGAACAGAAAGAGAAAAUACUUAAUGUCCACUUGCUUCCAGGAAAUGUUCCAGUAUCAGAGGUCCAGAGCUGGCACCAGGAUAAAAAAUACAUCGAGACAAGUUCAAAAUGUCAUCUGUUUGCCGGCAGAGAAUACAGUCUGUGUUGUCAGCCAGAUGAAUGUGAAGUGCAACCAGAGAGUGAGAUGUUUGAGUGUAAUAAUUUCAUCGAAAAUUAUCAUCCCAUGUUUGAAGUGUUUUUGGAUGUCAACAGUAAGGAGGUCAGACUGAAUAUUGUAGACAAAUUUAAUAGUGGGAAAGAAGUGUGGAACAGACGGCUAAUCCUUCUUACUGCACCAAGUCAAGUGAUGGAACCUCCUGCCCACAGAACGUUCGCAGAAUCUGAAUUUUUGAACAGACAUAGAGAUGAACUCAUUCAGAGAGUUUCCUCAGUGAUGGUGAUUGCUGACGGUCUGAAGAGCAAAAACAUGAUUUAUAGAGAAAUGUAUAGUAAAGUUCAUGCUGCAGAACCGAGACAGGAGAAAAUGAGACUCUUGUUGGAGGUCAUUGACUCAGGAGGAAAUUCUGUAGAAGCAGAAUUCUAUAGACUGCUGAAAGAGACCGAACCUCAUGUAGUAGAUGAACUGGUCGCAACCCAGGAACCACAGUAAUGCUGAGGAAUAAGAGUGAGAUCAAGAUGCUUGUUUGCUACCCAUUUAUGAUUCAAAAUUUGAAUUUGAAUCUGUUUUAGUGUUUGUAUGUAUGUAACAUACAUACACCAAAUGGACUAUAGUAUUAGGAAACCCCCUUCUAAUGACCAAAUUUGACUGCUUUAAUUGUUUUCAUGAGUACAUAUCUUAAUGUUACAGGUUACAGGCGAGCAUAAAUUCUAUUUGUGUGUUUCUAAUUUUAUAGGAAUGAUUUGAACAGGGUCCUUUUCUAUUUCAACAUGACAAUGCUUCUGUGUUCAAGCCAAGGAUUAAAAAGGAAUGAUUGAUCCAGUCAAUGUGGAAGACUUUGACUGCCUGCGUAUAGCCAUUUGGGGUGUUCGGUUCGGGGUUUUUUGGAGUCGAUUUCGAUUCUCGACUCCCACUUUUGGAGUCGAUGGAAUCAACACUUCGACUCCAUUUACAGACAUACAAAACAGGUUCAAGAAUACGAAUGUAAAAUAAAAGAAUGAACUUCAGCUUGGGAACUUUGGGCUGGCAACCAAUCUCCAAAGUCACUAGCAAAUACACAUUCAUUUGUGCAUCUUACACCACUUUUUUGUGCUGUCAGACCAGUAACUCCUUUCUGGUCCUAAACCGAUGUGGUUUACCAAGCGCAAGGACAUGACGGCGUAGGUCUAACCGUAGCUGUUAAAAUAUAGAAACAGACUUAAAGACUUAUGGUAAAGCGAAGACAUUUCGUUUCCUUUAUAUUUUUUAUAUUUUUUAUUGCAU